GUGACCGGCGACCCCGCCCCGCUUGUUUGUCGCCCCGGGUCAAGGUCCGCCCGGCGAAUAUACCGCCUGGGGCCGGCCGGCGGGCUCAGUGCGCCGAGAUGCUCGCUGCUUGGCUGGUGCUGGUGCUGGCGCUGAUCGCCGCCGCGGCGCGCGGGGAGCUGGUGGCCGUGUCGGUCCCCGUGCCUGUCAGCACGACACCCACGACGGCCCCUACGGGAGCGACACCCCCGACGGCCCCCACGGGAGCGACACCCCCGACGGCCCCCACGGGAGCGACACCCCCGCCGCUCAACUCGUCCGCGCAGUCCGGCGGACCCGAGGUGUACAGCCUGCACAUCACGUCGCGCAUUCAGCACCGCUACGCCAGCACCCUGGUCUCCAGCAGGGUCGCCAACCGAGCCGCAAGCGCGCGGGAGAUCUACUUCAGCUUCGUGAUGCCCGAGACGGCCUUCAUCUCCGGCUUCCUCAUGGAGAUAGCUGGUGUGGCCUACAAGGCCCACGUGAAGGAGAAGGAAGAGGCCAAGAGAGAGUACAACGAGGCCGUGAGCCAGGGCAGAGCCGCGGCACACGUGGCCCAGAGCGCGCGCAACUCGAACAGGUUCGUGGUGUCGGUGAACAUCGAGCCGACGCAGAAGGUGACCUUCAACCUGACGUACGAGGAGCUGCUGAAGAGGGAUCUCUCUUACUACACGCACGCCAUCAACAUCGACCCCGGUCAGAUCGUGCCCGACUUGACCGUGGAGGUCUACAUCAACGAGUCCAGUCCCAUCAGGUCUGUGCAAGUGCCGACGCUGAGAGAGAGCAACGAGAUAGAUGCCGACAACUCUUUGGAAGCGGAUCCGCUCGCCGAGAUCGAGCUGUCCCCCGGCCGGGCAGCCGCCACGGUGCGCUGGGCGCCCUCCAAGGACCAGCAGAAGGCGCUGAGGGCGCAGGGCGUCAAGGGACAGCUGGCGGUGCGCUACGACCUGGACAGGACCUCGCGUCCGCAGCAGAUCCUGGUGAACGAGGGCUACUUCGUGCACUUCUUCGCGCCCGAGGCGCUGCCGCCGCUGCCCAAGCACGUGGUGUUCGUGGUCGACGUGAGCGGCUCCAUGUACGGCCGCAAGAUCGAGCAGCUGCGAGACGCCAUGGCGCGCAUCCUGUCCGACCUCGCGCCGCACGACUACUUCAGCCUCCUCACCUUCUCCACCAACGUGCAGGUGUGGGACUUGGAGAAUCCUCUUGCGAUACAGCAUGAAAAUUCGUUUGAGGUUGUUCGAGACGAUUCAGAGCCACGGAACACUUCGGUCGUUGCUGCCACGAUAGAAAAUAUAAACAAAGCGAAAGAAUUCACCAGUCGACUAAGUUCAUAUUCAAGCACCAACAUCUACGACGCGCUCAUGAAGGGGCUAAGGGUAGCCCAGCUGGGCAGGACGCUGACCCGCGGCGGGGCCGAGCCCAUGAUCAUCUUCCUGACGGACGGCGAGGCCAACGUGGGCGAGAGCGAACCGGGCGCCAUCGUCGCCUCCGUCAGCGAUGCCAACUCGGCCCGCGUGGCCAUCUUCAGCCUGGCGUUCGGCGACUACGCCGACCUCCAGUUCCUCAGGAGGCUGUCGCUGCGCAACUCGGGCUUCGCGCGCAAGAUAUACGAGGCGUCGGACGCGGCGCUGCAGCUGCGAGACUUCUACCGCCAGGUCGCGUCGCCGCUGCUCGCCAACGUCUCGUUCGAGUACGCCAACGACGAGGUGGACACGGAGUCCCUGUCGACGACGACGUUCAGCGCGCUGUACCGCGGCUCCGAGCUGGUAGUCUGCGGCCGGCUGCGGGCCGACAGCUUGGCGGGCGUCGUGACGGCCAGGGGGGCCAACGGCUCGUACGUCGACCCCUCCAGCUCGAUCGUCCUGGGCCCGGUGCGCCGCAACUCCACCCCCAGCUCCAUGGAGCGGCUGUGGGGGUACAUGACCAUCCAGCAGCUGCUGGAGCGCGACACGGCAGGCACCGGGAACUCCUCCGCGUUGCGGGCGAGGGCGCUGGAGCUGGCGCUCAGGUAUUCAUUCGUGACGGCCCUGACUUCCCUAGUGGUGGUGAAGCCCAACGAAACUUCGUCUGCAGAUGUUGAGGAAGGAGGCUCGCCGGGCUACGAGAACUCACCGCCCUCUAUGCAAGCACCGCUGCACUACUUGCCGCGAACUGGCGGAGUGUCGUACCACUCUUUGAACUACCCCGUGCCUCUGAGUAUAAGCAGCGUGCCACCUCCAGGCCUCGCGAUCAUCGGGCCCAUGUCGGGGCUCACCGACGCCAUGGACUGGAGCGCGAUGGAGAUGGCGAUGGUCACCAGCAGCGUGCCACCGCAGUCGACGGCAGGUCCCCGCCUGGUGUCCCUGGACAGCUUGACGUGGCUCAACAGGACCGGCAACCUCACCUCGGUCACCCUGCAGCUGUCCGGAGCGCACGUGACGCUGCUGGUGGAGACAACCAACCAGACUAACGUGGCCCACGGACCGUGCGACAACACCGUGACGGGAGGCCCCGGCCACUGUCGUCACCUGCUGCACUGCGCGCUCGACCAGUUCCAGGACUCCGCGGCCAGCUACCAGCCCUACCUCUGCGUCCUCGGCAGUUACGCCGGCGUGUGCUGUCCGGACUCGCUGCAGCCCGUCGCAGCGCAGCUGCACACGUGACCCGGGGAAAAAAGAGAAGAAUUUCGCAGCACGCACAACGAAACAUCAAUAUGCAAUACGUGCUCAAUAUUUGCCCAACUGUUUGUCAACUGCUCCAACAACACGAACAGCUACAAAUAAAAGUUAAAAAAAAAAUCUA